AUGGCGGAACCCGAUGCCGCAAAGGUCGAGCCCGCGAGCUCCACCACAACCACGGCAUCACCACCUAACCAGGCCGAUGAUGCCUCGACGGCCUCGACGCCACCGCCCACACGCGGCGGCGCCAAGGGCGGCAAAGGUCCGUUUAAGCUCGAUGUUUCCGACGCGUUGAGCCCUGACCCCACCAACGUGGACAUGUACGAUGUGAAGAACAACAAGUUCGCGUUCUCGCCUGGCCAACUUUCCAAGCUGCUCAAUCCCAAGAGCCUCGACGCUUUUUAUGCCUUGGGCGGCUUGGCUGGUAUUGAGAAGGGUUUGCGCACCGAUCGCAAGGCCGGCCUCAGCAACGACGAAACUAGCCUCGAUGGAGCCGUAGAGUUCAAGGACGUCGCGCCCGAGGGAACGCCCCCAUACGGCUCCAAUGGCGACACGGUACCAGUGCCUAAGGACAGCGAUGACCACCCAGCGGCCCCACCGGCCUCGGGUCACGAAAACGAUCAGUAUGCCGACCGCAAGCGCGUUUUCCGCGACAACAGACUGCCCGAGAAGAAGAGCAAGUCGCUGCUCGAGCUAGCCUGGCUCGCUUACAACGACAAAGUCCUCAUACUGCUGACUGUUGCCGCUAUUGUCUCCCUUGCUCUGGGCCUGUACCAAACCUUGGGUGUCCCCCACGAGCCUGGUGAGGCCAAGGUGGAGUGGGUAGAGGGUGUGGCCAUUAUGGUGGCCAUCAUUAUCGUUGUCUCUGUGGGCACGCUCAACGACUGGCAGAUGCAGCGCCAGUUCAACACACUCAACAAGAAAGCCGGAAACCGCACCGUCAAGGUAAUUCGCUCGGGGAAGUCGGCUGAAAUCUCGGUUUUUGACAUCAUGGUCGGUGAUAUCAUGCACCUCUCUACGGGAGAUAUGGUUCCGGUGGAUGGUAUCUUCAUUGAAGGUCACGGUGUCAAGUGCGACGAGUCUUCGGCCACCGGUGAAUCUGAUUUGCUCAAAAAGGUCGGCGCCGAUGAGGUGUUUUCCGUUUUGAAGAAGGUCGCCGAUGGUGGCGAGCCCCCAGCCGACAUCGAGAAGCUCGACCCGUUCAUCAUUUCCGGCAGCAAAGUCAAUGAAGGCACUGGCACGUUCCUAGUAACUGCCGUCGGCGUCAACUCUAGCUAUGGCCGUAUCAUGAUGUCGAUGCAGACGGACCGGGAAAACACGCCUCUCCAGGACAAGCUCAACGUGCUGGCCGACGGAAUCGCCAAGUUUGGCGGUGGUGCUGGUCUUCUGUUGUUCAUCGUGCUUUUGAUCAAGUUCCUUGCGCAGCUUCCUAACAACCACGACACGCCGGACCAGAAGGGCCAGACUUUCCUACGAUUGUUCAUUACCUCGGUCACUGUGAUCGUCGUUGCGGUUCCGGAAGGUCUCCCUCUGGCAGUAACCCUCGCUCUGGCCUUUGCGACCACGAGGAUGUUGAAGGACAACAAUUUGGUUAGGGUGCUCAAGGCUUGCGAGACAAUGGGAAACGCUACCACUGUUUGCUCUGACAAGACCGGCACCCUCACGCAGAACAAGAUGACCGUGGUCGCCACCACCCUGGGCAAACAUAUCAGCUUUGGCGGAACCGAUGAACCACUAGAAGGCGAUUCUACGGCCAAGAAGGUGGUCGAUUUUGACGUUCCUAACGUUCCGGUUGGCGAGUUUGUGAAUGGCCUCAGCACUGCGACGAAGAAGCUUCUGAUCGAAUCGAACGCCGUGAACUCGACUGCGUUUGAGGGUGAUGUCGAUGGCGAAAAGAGCUUCGUCGGGUCGAAGACAGAGGUAGCAUUGCUCACCUUCUGCCGGGAUCAUCUUGGUGCUGGUCCUAUUCAGGAGGAGCGCUCGAAUGCCAACGUGGUUCAGGUCAUUCCUUUUGAUUCAGCGGUCAAGUACAUGGCGACGGUCGUCAAGCUUCCCAACGGGAAAUUUCGGGCCUACGUCAAGGGUGCUUCCGAGAUUCUGGUCGAGAGAUGCACCGACAUCAUCGCCGACCCUUCUGCCGAAGAGCUCUCAACGAUCCCCAUGACCGACGACGACAAGGCCGGUUUCUCGCAGACCAUCGACUCUUAUGCUGGUCAGACCCUUCGCACCAUUGGUUCAUCUUACCGGGACUUCGAGUCGUGGCCCCCGCAGGAGCUCGCCAAUCAGGAAGAAAUUACCGCUAAGGAAUUCGUCAAAGUCCACGAAAACAUGACGCUCCUGUCUAUCUAUGGCAUCAAGGAUCCGCUUCGCCCCACUGUCAUCGACGCCAUCAAGUCUUGCCGUCGUGCUGGUGUCACGGUUCGGAUGGUCACUGGCGACAACAUCACAACUGCCCGUGCGAUUGCCAAGGAGUGCGGUAUUUACCACCCUGAAGAGGGCGGCAUUGCCAUGGAAGGGCCUGAUUUCCGUCGCAUGUCUGAAGAGCAACUCCAAAAGACCGUGCCCAAACUCCAAGUGCUUGCCCGGUCAAGUCCUGAAGACAAGCGUAUCCUGGUCAAAACUCUUAAGCAGCUCGACGAGACGGUAGCGGUGACUGGCGACGGCACUAACGACGCGCCAGCUCUCAAGAUGGCCGAUAUCGGGUUCGCUAUGGGUAUUGCGGGAACUGAGGUUGCCAAGGAGGCCGCGUCGAUUAUUCUGAUGGAUGAUAACUUUGCGUCGAUUGUGAAGGGCAUUAGCUGGGGCAGAGCUGUCAACGAUUCGGUCAAGAAGUUCUUGCAGUUCCAACUUACCGUCAACGUCACGGCCGUCGUCCUGACUUUUGUCUCCUCGGUCGCUAGCAAUGAGGAAGAGUCUGUUCUCAACGCCGUUCAACUUCUCUGGGUCAAUCUGAUCAUGGAUACCUUUGCCGCUCUUGCCUUGGCCACGGACCCCCCUGCUCCAUCCGUCCUCGACCGGAAGCCGGACAAGAAGAGGGCGCCGCUUAUCAACACCCGUAUGAUGAAGAUGAUCAUUGGGCAGGCCGUCUGCCAACUUGCCAUUACCUUGGUGCUCAACUUUGCUGGCGCUUCCCUCCUAGGUUACGACGUCUCGAACCGCAACCACGAUAUUGCGAGUUAUGAACAGGAGCGCCUGCGGACCCUUGUCUUCAACACGUUUGUGUGGCUUCAGAUUUUCAACGAGCUCAACAACCGCCGUCUUGACAACCGGCUCAACAUCUUCGAGGGCAUCACUCGAAACUACUUCUUCAUGGUCAUCAACCUGAUCAUGAUUGGCGGCCAAGUGCUCAUCAUCUUCGUCGGCGGCGCAGCUUUCCAGAUCACACCCCUCAACGGCAAGGAGUGGGGCCUGUCGAUCGGUCUUGGUGCCAUCUCUCUCCCGUGGGGUGCCGCGAUUCGCAAGUUCCCCGACUCCUGGGUCGAAGCCAUGAUCCCCAAGAUCCCGCUCCCCAACAUCUGGCCUUUCAAGAGCAAGAAGAAGCAACGUAAGGCAGCCGAUGCCGAGGAUGUCGAAAAGGCCACCUCGACGUCCGGCUCCGAAGUGACCAAGGAUCGCGAUCGUGCCCGGGCUACCGGCGCGGAUGUGGACGAAGAUGCCGAAGCCUUCCGCCCACCACUUCGCAUGCUGACUAGCAUUCGUGGGCGUCGUGCGACAGAAAAUACGCGGGUGGGGCUCCGCCAAUACAUGCACGACAAGAAACUCAAGGUCAAGGAUAAGGCGAAGGCUCUGGGGGGCAGCAAGACAGAUGUGUCUCACUCAUCGAGUCCUAAGGUUGGGGACCGGUUGCCCAAUGCGUAG